GGUAGAGAUAGUAUAAUGCACAUCAAGACACUGAAAAGUGAAGUGUUUAUGACAAUUAGAUUAACUAUACAGAAUCAAUAUGCAGAAAAGACAAGCUAUGGGAAAUAAGUUAAAAUCCCAAACCACACAAAAUGUUGACAUCACAAACAAAAAUUACAAUUUUUGAAAACAGACUUUUGUGAGUCCCAUUCACAAACAAGCAAUGAAAAAGUUUGUGUGCAUUAAAAAUGCAGUAAUUUUUGCAUUCACUUUAACAACAUUACAAACCAUCUGGUUCCAAAGUAUGAUAUGGAAAUCACCAAGGAACAUAAAAUCAGUGAUGGAGCAACAAUCGUCAAAGAAAAUACUGGAUAUACCAGGUGUUGAAAUAAUUAGCCAGAGUGGUCCUGAUGUUAUCUCUAAAAGUACAGUAAAUGUGACUGACAGUGCAGUUAAAGACACAAGAAGUACAGAUGAGACCAAGGAGGGUACAACUAAUACUGCAGAAAGUGUCCAUGAGAACUUCAGAAGAACAGAUGCAGCUAAUAAUGCAGAAAGUAUACAUGAAAAUAUCAAAAGUAUGGAUGGGACUUCAGAAAAAAAUCCAACUUAUACCACAGAAAGUGUCCAUCAGAACAUCAAAAGUACAAAUGAGACUUCAGGAAGUAGAACUAAUAUUGUGGAAGGCAUCCAUGAAAACAUCAAAAGUACAGAUGAGCCCAAUAAAAGUACAAAUAAUAUUACUGAAACUGCAGAUAAGCUCAUAGAAAUGUCAGCUUUGACCAACACCAGUACAAAUAACAUCACUGAAAAUACAGAUAUUGACACUGAAAAUACCAAUUUUGAAUUACUUUCAUCAGGGGAAACAUGGCAAUAUAACCCUGGAGUAAUACUAGACCCAAAACCCAGAAAUAGACUCAUAAAAUCAAUACUUGACUCCCUUGAUGAACUUUACAAAAAGAGGGCCAACAAAAGUAGAGAACAGUUAGGUCUGAAUGGAGCUAUGAUGUUUGGACCAGAUUUUUACACUCAACCAAUGGAUUUAUUCAAAAAUUCAGACUGGUGGGUGAAGUCUAAAAGGCUUCCAGGCUUAUUGGUGAUUGGUGUGCAAAAAUGCGGCACAGGGGCGCUAAAGAAUUUUCUCAAUGCACAUCCUAAUAUGGCAUCAAGUCCUGGAGAACAUCAUUUCUUUAAUACAUUUUACAGAGAAUCUCAUGUUGAUGAAAAAAUCAAACUUAAAGAUCAAAUUCUUGAUGUUUAUCUUCCUAGUAUGCCAAAGACAGCUGAAAAUGUGAUGGCUUUUGAUAAAACACCAGAAUACUUUGACAUGUCUGAUCCAUUGCACAUCUAUCGUAUGAACCCACGCAUAAAAUUGAUCAUUGUGAUAUGUGAUCCAGUUAGACGUAGCCAGUCAUCAUACGCUCACCACUACUCAGCUGAACGCUACACUGAAUCUUAUUUAAAAUAUGCAAUAUCUAAAAAUGGCUCAGUCAACACAGAAGAAUCAUUCAUAUUUAGAGGCAGAUACGACAAAGCCUUAGAAAGAUACUUGGCAAUUUUUCCCAGGGAACAGAUACUAAUUCUUGACAAGGCAUAUUUCAAGACCCAUCCUCUUCUGGUCAUGAAUCAAGUGGAGUCAUUCUUGAACAUUCCAAAAUUCUUUACGAGAUACAUGUUUUACUAUGAUGGAAAGUAUGGGUAUUUUUGUUUGGCAUACACCCCAUGGGGGUUUCGUGGUGGAUGCCAAGGAAAAGGAAAAUAUAACACUCAUGCUGUAUUGGCUGAAGAUGUGGUGAAAAAGCUCCAACUGUAUUAUAAACCAUUCAAUGAUAGGUUUAUGGAUUUAGCUGGCUCUGAGUAUCAAUCUCUUAUAUAUCAAGAUAUAAAUGGGACUGAAUUUGAAAAGCAUACUCUUUGGAAUUCUAAAUAUAGUAACACCUAUGAUAAUACUAAAACUGUGGCUUUUUAACAGAAUCUUUGUAAGGUUAAAAAUUUCUAAACCAAUUAUUGUAACCAUGAUGUCAUAAUAAGAGAACAAUGAAUUCAUAUUGGUGGCAUAUUAAGUUUACUUUUAAUUUAAGAGUUGAAGUGAGAAACUGUCAAUUUGGACAAGGUGAUAUAUUAUAUCAAAUCUAGUGUUGUAUUCACUUUAAGAGGCUCUUAUAUUAUAGUAAUUUGAGUCAUUGGAACAUCCCAAAACUAGAAAUAAAAAGUACAUGUAUUCAGAUUUUGAACCUUUUGAAUCUUUUUAGAGAUAUAAAAGUUUACCUGUACCUGGUUAUUCUUAAUUGUAACUCUUGAUAAUAAUAGCAUUACAUGUAUGUAAAUAUCUUUAUGUGAUUUUACUAAGAAAUAAAAUAAAAAGCCUGAAUGAAUGCACGUGUUCACAUUUUAUAGAAUUUGGUAUCAAUGGAUAUCAAUGGAAAAACAAAAUAUUGAAUGUAACAGUGAUCACUUCUAGGCUUGGCUUCAUAUACAGGUAUUGCAAUAAAAUCUAAUAAGAGCUUACAUGCAAUUACAGCACAUUUUUAUUGCAGUCUGAAAAGGUGCUAUAUUGCCAUCAUCUUGUGCUAAUGGAUGUACAUCAGUUUCUGUCCAUUUGGGCGAUGCUACAUAAAUCUUUGUCAUCCAAAUUCUAGGAAAACUGCUUAUCCAUUAACUUGAAAUUUCUACAGGUGCAAGAACAGACAAGUGGCAAGAUCUGAUUAGGUUUUGGACACAUGAUGGCCAUUUCAAGCAAUAAACUUAACUGUAGCAUUAAAAAGCA